AUGGCGGGAAGAAGCGCCUCUCUUGCCCGGCGGCUAUGGCACCAAGACUCUCCACCUCGACUCGACGGGGCGCGGACGGGCGAGGACGGGGAAGACGAGCUGGACGAGGUGGACUCGCUGAGGAAGUGGAUGGGCGAAGACGCGGUCGACUCAGAACCCGCUCUCAAUGCCUCUCGUUCCGUCUCUCGCGGGAGGGAAUUCCACUCCUCGGGCAGAGGCGGCGUGGGCAACAUCCGGCGAACCUCCAAGGAUCCCGCCUCUCCCCCUUCUCCCGCAUCCCCUGGCUCCGACCGCGACUUCUCAGUCACCCGCGGCCGCGAACCGGCCCCCUCUUCAGACAGAGUUCUCACUACCGGCCGCGGAGGUGUAGGCAACAUCCGCUCCGGGUCUGCUGCGCGCUCCGUCUCUCGCGCCAGCGCGGAGAGCCAUCCCAAGACAGCGUCCCUCCUCGCGGACAUGGCGCACCAGGAGGCCGAGUACGAGCGCGGUCUGUUGAGACUGAGCGAGGAAGCCGCCCGCGCGGGCAAGCACUCAUCUGGACGUGGCGGUGUGGGUAACAUCAAGUCACAGUCGAAGUCGAAGUCGAAGACCCGCACAAACUCACGCAACAAGGACGGCUUGCGUUCGCCGUCCCGCGGGCCCGUUCAUUCCUCCGGACGAGGAGGAGCAGGCAAUGUCGUUGCAGGCUCCACCGAAGAUGCGGAAUACAAUGAAGAGCUUGAUAACGAAGAAAUGGAGAGGGCAAAGGCACACCACCCCGAGGGCAUGUGCGCACUCCACUGGGCGCGGCGGCCGCGCAAACUUGACGUCUUUGACCACCCAGACGCCAUCUCCUCCCCUCAGCCAACCAGGCACGCCAACGCACCCUCACCCACACAAUAUCGAGUCGACGGGGCGCGGGGGAGCGGGCAACAUCUUCCGGUCGCGCUCGCGCAGCGCAUCAAAGGAUCGCGGACACGGGCUGGGGGACAUCUGGAAGCGCGUCGCACACUCACGGACGCGUACUGA